AUGUCGGCUCAAGUGAACCAUACAGAUAAGGAGGUUGAAGUUGUUCCUCAAUCUACAGUUACACCAAAUUGGACAAUUCACGUUUCAGACAUAAAAACGGUUAAGGUAAGCAAUGUAUCAAUGGAUGCGACAGAGAAAGAUAUCAAAGAAUUCUUCUCAUUCUCCGGUGACAUCCAAUAUGUUGAGAUGCAAAGGGAAACUGAUAGCACUAAGACUGCUUAUGUUACCUUUAAGAAUACACAAGGAGCCGACACAGCAGUGCUCUUGACGGGUUCAAACAUUGCUAAUGGUUCUGUCACUAUCACACCAAUGGAGAACUACCAAUUGCCCCCUGAGGUUGUUCCCUCCAGUCCUAGUCAAACUCAAACUGCUCUUAAGAAGGCUGAAGAUGUGGUGAGCACCAUGCUUGCUAAAGGUUUUGUUUUAGGAAAAGGUGCAAUUAAUAGAGCAAAAUCCUUUGACGAACGCCACCAUGUAAUUUCAAAUGCUUCUGCCACUGUUGCUUCAAUUGAUCGUAAAAUCGGAUUGAGCGAUAAAUUAAGUAUUGGAACAACUAUAGUAAAUGAAAAAGUAAGAGAGAUGGAUGAAAAGUUCCAAGUUUCUGAAAAAACAAAGUCUGCUUAUGUUGUUGCCGAGCAAAAGGCAACCAGUGCUGGAUCUGCAAUCAUGAGCAAUCCUUAUGUAUCAACCGGAGCCUCGUGGGUGUCAAGUGCAAUUACUGUUGUUGCAAAAGCAGCCGAAGAUGUAACAACAAGAACUAUGGAGAAGGUUGAAAUGGCCGAGGUUGAUAAGAAAGAGACAAUUUACAGCGAAAAGAAAGACGCAAUUGAUGAAUUAUCACAUAUACACACUGAGAAACCUUCAACUGGGAGUUCAACAAAAGUUGAUCCUAAACCAGGCGAUGAUAGUAAAUUGGAAGUUGAUCACAAACCAGACAAUGAUAGUAAAUUGGGAGUUGCUCCUAAAUCAAGUGACGAUAGUAAGUUGGGAAAUAUUUGA